AUGAUGUAAGUCAUGUUUAAUUCACGACGUCUUUAAAAGGUUUGAUGAAUUAAGUCAACCGCUUACCUAUCUUCUUCGUAAACUUGAUACGUCAUCAUAUAUAUCAAACAGUUUAUUUUUCAGCUCCGUACAAUUUCACAGAAAACAAGAAGAUAAUUUUCGGUGUGCAAGAUUUUUAAAUUUGUGAAGGAGAAGAAAUAUUUCGGAUUAUAUUGAAAGUUCGAAAAUUUGUGAAAAUAGUUGAAUGAGAUGACGACUGACAUGUGAACUCAUUAUUUAUUAUUAGUUACCGGAUACAAUUAAAAUGGCAUCAACAUACAUGAAACUACGCAUUGCACUGUUUGUGUUUUCUGCAAUUGGACUUAUUCUAUAUAUUGCGGCGUUCGCCAUUCCAAAAUGGUCUUCUCACAAAGAUGGAAACGAUGGACUGUGGCAAACGUGUUAUUUAAAUGGUGGCGUUGCUACUUGUGCUGUGUGGCCGGACAAUCUUAAAUCUGCUGACCACAAAAUAACUCAGAUUCUGUCAUGUCUGGGACUAUCUUUCUUCAUUUUGUUUGUGGUGAUGGCUGCAUUGACUAUAUUCUGGACAAAUCAGUGGAAGAAGGCGAGAGCAAUAAAAUAUACAACAGUUGUUUUGGCUGUUUUAGCAGUUAUCUUUGCAAUUGCAUGUCUGAUGAUAUAUAAGAACGACAAAGAGUCUGGGAACAGCACCGUAUCAAUUGGCUGGUAUCUGGCAUUGGUUGGUGCAGUCAUCGCAACAAUAACUAUUCCAUUUUAUUUCGUCGACGCCUGCAGAACGGUAGAACCGAAGAAACCAGAUAAGGAAAAAUUGUUUCAAAAUAUUGGUAUUCCGCCGAUGCCAGCUCCUACAAAAUUUCCAAUCAAAGGAGAAACAGAUACAUUUAAUCCAAUAAACAGUUCAUUUGAUCCUAAAAAUAGUAGGAGACCACCUUUACUGAACGAACUUAGAAGACAACAUACGACAUUCGUUCACCCGCCACCAAAACCACCGACCAAAAAAUUGACAAAGAAAGAAAUAAAAACGUUCCCUCUACCGCCAUCUAAGACAAAAAUAAAUUUGUUUGAUAAAACUGAAAUUGAGGAUCAUCCUUCUCCGGUACCACCUCAAGUGAUUCCAAACAGUAACACACCGGGCGGUGCCAAUAAAGACUACGAUACGGCCAGUACUAAAAGCACCUCUAUAGGAACGAAUUCUCCUGAUCAUAACGAGGCAGAAAGUAUUCCACAACAACACAGUGUAUUUAAAUUCCACAAAACGAAGACGGUUCAUAAAAAUGGGAAAACAAUGCUGAAAAUUCAAAGUCAGAAUGAUAGUGAAAGACUACCACCUGUAAUGAUGGUCAUGCCUGGCGUUGAUGAAGAUGGUGAUGAUAUCGACGAUGUUUCACAAGAUGGAAAAAUAAGUCGCGGGAAAACACACAACUCUCAAUGGGAUGAAGAACAAGCAAGACGGAAAUUUGGCGCGUAUUUUGUCGAUAUGAAUGCCCGUGAAAAUACACUUGUAGAAGGGAAAACUUCAAAACUGCAGGAGCAAUUUAAGAAAAAGAUAAAUUCCAUAUCUGAAGAACAAACGAAAGCCAUGAAAGGUAGAGUAAAUGAUGUUUCUGGUAUAUAUACGGACGAACAUAAUAAAGAAGCUCCAAAACAAAAACCCAAAACAAAGAAAAAAUCUAAAAAGAAAUCGAAGCCGAAGAGACCAAUUUCACAAUCCUCUUCUAUAUCAGCUAUAAAUCCCGACGUUGAAACAUGUGUUAAUACUUACAAUAGAGAAAGCAGUAAUGUAACUCAGGACGGACUCACAAUACACAACGAACUUGAAGAAGAGGAUGUGUAAACGUGUGUGUAACUCAGGGUGGACUCACAAUACACUUACUGUGAAAACAAGUUUCUAUUAAACUUUAUAACAAUAAUCAUGGGUUUCAAAAGUUUUCAGUUGACACAAGUCCUUAAUAUUGCAGAUAUCUGCUUCAUAAAUCUUUGUUAAUGUAUUUCAUAAUAGUGAUCUUGGUAACUGGUGGCGUUAUGCUAUGAAUAAACCUAGAAUGUAAGAUGCCGUCCUCAAAUUUACACUUGUGAUAUUGUUAUGAACGGUUGAGUUCUUUUGUUGAUCAAUAAAAAUAAUUGUUAUACCUUAAA